CAAACUCGAACCCACCCUCCAUACACCGAAGCAUCGAAUCCUCAUACACCCUCAACCCCACGGCGAGGCAAGCUCUCUCCAUCAGCCCCAGCUUCCUUUCUCCCUGCUCCUCAAAAGCUAAAGCCUCAAGUUAUAUUAAAGAAACCCAAAAGCAAAAGCGAAAAAUAACGCCGUAUCACUCCCCUCCAGUCCCUUCAAAUCAAAGCGGCCAUCGCAACAAGUAUCAGCUUCUGAGGGAAAGAGUUCGAGGGAAACAGAGAAAGAGAAGAAUGAGAUCAAUGCUGUCCCAUAUCCCUCUCCUUGUCCUUCUACUCUUUGGCCAAAUCUCUCUUCUGCCCGGCCUGCCCGUGCUGGCCGACCACUACCCGGCCGCCGUCCAGCCCUCCCUCCUCUUCCCCACGUCCUCGCCACCCGCCACCAUCCCGGCGUUCCCCGAGCAGUCCGACGUCGCCAGCGCCGCCUGCCCUCUCGACCUCCCCGACGACCUCCUCCCCGCCGUCUCCGCCGCCUGCUCCACAUCCUCCGCCGGCCGCCUCCCCUCCCGAUCCCGCUGCUGCCCGGCCCUUGCAGCCUGGCUCUACGCCGGCUACUCCGCCACCGCCCUCGCAGCCCGCCCAAUGCCCGCGCCUCCCACCCUCGACCUGCCCGUCCUGCCCGACGACUCCGAGGCCUGCGUCGGCGGCGUCGAGCGCGCCCUCCGCGACCGCGGCGUCCGCCUCCCCCGUGUCAACGGCACGUGCGACGCGGCGUUCUGCUGCUGCGGCAUCCGCCUCCGGAGGCUGACGUGCGCCGGGGGAGCGUUCGCGGCGUCCGGCGCGGAGGGGCGCUGGAUCCCGCUGGGGGACGCAGGGCGCCGCCUGGAGCGCGACUGUAGCCGGCCCGGCCUCGCCGGUUGUUCCCGCUGCCUCCGGACCCUCGACCAGAUGAAGGGUAAAGAGGUGGGCGGCGGUAACCUGCCCAAAGCGAGCAAGGGAGAGGACGUGACUCGUGACCGGGAGUGCCAGCUCAUGGGGCUGACCUGGCUCUUGUCCAAGAACCGGACCCACUACCUCAACGCCGUCACCUCCGUCCUCCGCGCCCUCAUGGCCGCCGACGCCGCCGGCGCGACCGCGGACCACUCCUCCUGCUCCCUCCCCCACGACUCCAUGCCCCUCGCCGUUGACUCCGCGCAGAUCGACGGCAAGGCUGCCUCCUGCGCCAUCCUCCGGUCACCGUUAACGUCAAACCCCCUACUUCUCCUCGUUCCCUUGCUCCUCUCAUCUUUCUUCUAAUCCUAAUUUUGUACCUCCAAAAAGGAAAAACAAAAAGAAACAAAGACUCGUCCAGUGUAAUUGUAUGUAAUUUACUCUGUUGUAGGUCUUUUAAGGUCUCUUUCUUUCGGUCGCUAGUUAUCAUGGUUUCCUGUGCCAAGAAUCUUUGCAUGGUGACUGGGGCCAGCUAACGUGGGAUGUGGGCUCAUGGUUCCGUGGACUUGGUGCAGUUUGCAUGGAGGAAGGACUCCCACUUCUAGUGCCUGCUGCUGCUGCUACAGGGGGCAUUGCCGUUUUAUGUGAUGUGGCAGUAUCCUGAGACUGGAUCCCAUGAGAUGUCCUGGUCCAACUCGACGAUCUAAGCUGGUAUGAGUUGGUUUUGCGAUCGCACGUCACAUACGUACCUACUUGUAGUGCAUGCCAUGUCAGCUGUGGAGUAGUCCGAACUUGUUUCCACGAGAGCCCGUGACGUUCGUAUAAACGAUCGAUGAUGCGUUCGUUGCGGUGAAAUCGGUCAUUUUGUGAUUGCAUAUUAAUCGGCAUGAUUAAUAUGUAACACACCCUCUCCUUCUAAUCAAAAACAAAAAAGUU